AUGACGUCGAAGCGCAUCUCGCGAACUGCCGGCACGGACCGUGUUGUACGCAUGGCCACAGCUCCGGCCAAUCCCUGGCAUGUCGGAAUGCAAUUCCACUCCAUGAAGGAGGCCCGCGAUGCGCUGGUCCGACAUACCCUGGACCUGCACGCCUCGUUUCGGGUGAAGAAGGCCAAUUCGGAAAAGUACUUCACUGCGUGUCGCAGCGGAUCCGACUGUCCGUAUAAGGUCCGCAUGUAUACGAGUCGGAAGACUGGCCUCGUGCGCAUCCAGACGUAUGAACCCCUGCACACUUGCAGUUCCGAUACGCAUGACAACUGGAGACCGCCGCUGUCGACGGCCCCGGAAGCUGAAGGGUCGUCGCCGUUGCAGCCUAAAAGUCCAGAACAAGUCAGAAAUGAUCCCGAGCAGCCCGACCCUGCAGCUUCAUGCGAGUCAUCAUCCCAAAGGGCAGGCAAGCCGCCAAAACCCCCCAGCGCGCUCCUUCAAAAGGGCUUGCAAACUCGGCGUGCCGUGCUCGGUAGCGAGCAUGUCGACCGGGCGCUUGCAAACAACGCGAGUGCCUUCUCCAGCCCCAUGCAGGAGAUGGUCACCGAGUGGGCCUGGGGGAAUGUCUGGAACCGACCGGGCCUGGAGCGCAAGCAGCGCAGCCUGUUGAAUAUCGGGCUGUUGAUGGCGCUGAACCGCACGCCGGAACUGGCGAUGCAUAUUCGAGGCGCUAUCAACAACGGCCUGAGCGAGGUGGAGAUCCGUGAGGCUAUUCUACACUCGACGGUGUACUGCGGUGCGCCGGCGGGAAUGGAGGCGACGAGGACGGCGGAGAGGGUACUGCAGGAGAUGGCGGAGAAGGGGGAGCUUGAGCGGGUGCUAACUUGA